GAAGUCUCUGUCUCUCAAGACAUCUCAGGAUGAGUUCAGAACCUUGCGCUCAGUACGUGCCAGGAACCAUUUCGUACACCAGCCUGCUCGGCAAUGUAGCACUUCAGACUGAAACAGCUAAGUUUAUAGCCCACAUGGCAGAGGAGAAAAGCUUGGAAAUGUGACCUGAUGGCUCAGAAAGCUGACAGUAACUGAAAGAAGCCUGAGCUGUGGACCAAAAAGAAAAAAAGUAAGCCCCACAGCCAGCCAAUUAGAGCCAGCCUCUUUCCCAGCUCCCAGGGCAAAGGGUGUGGAGUCAGAGCACUGGUGUGCUGUGGUUAUAUUCAGCUGCUCACCAUCCCGUAGGGGCCUUGGCCAGCCUACACACAAAAUGAAACACUCUGAGGGUUGCUCUAACUUACUUCAGGAGCUGGCUGGGACCUGAGCACCAGGAGGCACAAAGGUGACCGACGAGCCCUGUCACCAGCGGGGACCGGGGCACUAUGGCACAGUCCGUCUCUGCCUUCCAGGCUGCCUACAUCACCAUUGAAGUGCUGAUUACCUUGGUGUCCGUGCCAGGGAACGUCCUGGUGAUCUGGGCUGUCAAGAAGAACCAGGCUCUGCAGGACGCCACCUUCAGCUUCAUCGUCUCGCUGGCCGUGGCUGACGUGGCGGUGGGCACCCUGGUCAUCCCACUCGCCAUCAUUAUCAACGUUGGGCCGCGGAUGGAGUUCUACACCUGCCUGUGGGUGGCCUGCCCCGUCCUCAUCCUCACCGAAAGCUCCAUCCUGGCUCUGCUGGCCAUCGCGGUGGAUCGCUACCUGCGUGUGAAGAUCCCCCUAAGGUACAAGAGUGUAAUGACACCCAAACGAGCAGCUGCAGCCAUUGCUUGCUGCUGGAUCGUUUCCCUGCUCGUGGGACUGACCCCCAUGUUUGGCUGGAACAACCUGAACAAGAUGAGGAGGACUCAGGAGGCGAACGCCAGCCACACGGCUUUCAUCAUCAGGUGCCAGUUCGAGAACGUCAUCAGCAUGGAGUACAUGGUCUAUUUCAACUUCUUUGUCUGGGUGCUGCCUCCCUUGUUGCUGAUGCUCAUCAUCUACCUGGAGGUCUUCAAACUGAUCCGCAAGCAGCUCGACAAGAAGGUCUCAUCCAACUCAUCGGAUCCUCAGAAAUAUUACGGGAAGGAGCUGAAGAUCGCCAAGUCCUUGGCACUGGUCCUCUUCCUGUUUGCACUGAGCUGGAUCCCACUGCACACGCUCAACUGCAUCACCUUGUUUUGCCCGUCCUGCCAGACUCCCAGCAUCCUGACAUACAUCGCUAUUUUCCUGACUCACGGCAACUCGGCCAUGAACCCCAUCGUCUACGCCUUCCGGAUCAAAAAAUUCAGGACCACGUUCCUGCAAAUCUGGCACCAGUACAUCUGCUGUGAAACCGAUAAGAACACUAACAACCUGGACAACAAUGAGCUAGGCAACUGGCCGCUAGAGAGAGCAGGGACUGUCCCAGAUAUGCCGUACCUUGAUUUACAAAAGUCCCUUUAAUGUCCAAAGAGCAAACUUGGCUUCACCCCUUCCACAUGCACACAAUUGUAAAUGACUGGUAGGGAAGGGGGAAGCAAUGGCCCAGGAGACUUGAGAUGGUCAGACUAAGCCGACGUUUACCUGAGCUAGCAUAGGGCAUUAUUUAUUCAAAGCCAUUGUACUGUUCUGAUAUUGUAGCCUGCACUGUUCUUAUUUUAUUUUUUUUAGGGUGAAGUGUAUCUAGGUAUUCAAAGGGGAAUUGUACAGACAAGGAUGUGAUUUAUCUUUAACUCAAAUAAAAAAGAAAGACAGCAGCUCUGCAGCAUUACGGAUGGGUUCUCGCUCCCGGGGUCUCACUGCAGUGCUCGCUCUUAGAACUGGGACAGCCAGAGGCUGCUCAAAUCAAAAAGGGAUAUGAGACGGGAGAGGGGCACAGAGUGGGACAAUGGGUGUUGUAAAUGAGGUUGUAAAUGUCCCCAUGUCCCUCUCUCCUAAAUCUCCCAUAAGGAUUCCUGUGACACCGAGGGGGGGAGAGUGGUGCAUCAUGGGAGAUGUAGUCCUACCAGGGAGUCCAGCCUGUAAUGGAGAAUGGGAGCAUAAGGCACCCAAACUAUUACUCCCAUGAGGCAUCGUGGCACCAUGUUGAAUAGAAACAUGUCAAAAUUUGACCAAAUUAUUUUGCUGAAAAGUUAAUUUUCUGAGGGGAAAAACCCUUAUUUUCCAACCAGAUUUACGUUGAUGACAUGAGGGCUAAGUUUGCCCAAGUCUAGCAGGUCAGGCAUCCGGAUUUUAGCCGGACUGUUCUCUUUUUGGAAAGGUUUGUCCCUGUCCAGUACCAGUCAUGGCUCUGCCCCCGGCAGAAUGACCUCAUAUGCAUGAUGCAUGCAAGGUCACAAUGGCUCAUGUCAGGUCAUGGCAGUAGGGUUAUGCCCAGUAUUCUGGGAAUGUGUCAGAGGCCACCCUGUCGUGCCCGCACUAUAGUUUCCACUGGUGGAGUUGGGACACCUGAAACUCCCAGUGCAGAUGCUCAGCCGGGGACUCUGGGGAUGAGUCCUUGGGGACUACAAAUAGGUGGUCUCUCUGUCUACACUGA